AUGAACGAAAGAAUAGAGGUUAAUAAUAUUCCUUCUUUAGUUUGGGGUCCUCACGCAGACAAAGUGAUUUUAGCAAUUCAUGGAUAUUCUUCAAACAAAUCUGACGUUCCAAUCACACUUUUGUUUGAAGAAGCAACAACACGAGGGUUUCAAGUUUUGAGUUAUGAUCUUGCAAAGUUUGGAGAGAGAAAAGAAGAGUCUAUUGUUAAUUACAUUACAGACGAUUUAAGGGAGUUAAAUUUGAUAUACAAAUAUGCACAAAACAGGUGGAAACAUAUCUCUAUCUUUGGAAACAGUUAUGGAGCUUAUUUAGCAUUAAUUUUCUUUUCAAAAGAGUGCAUAGAAAAGUGUCUCUUCUUAUCGCCCGUUGUCGAUUUCAAUUAUGUUAUUGAGGGUAUGAUGAAAAUAUAUCAAGUGACUGUCGACCAAUUAUUUAAAGAAAAAGAAAUAGUCUGUUCACCAUCAAUGAAAUUACUUUGGGACAACUACAAAUUCACAACAGACAAUCCAAUAGUCCAAUGGAAUAUCAAGACUUUCAUACUGCAUGGUUCAUUAGACACUGUCAAUCCAACUAAUGUUGUCUCCUCUUUUUCUUCACGUUUCCACUGUAUUCUAAAUGAAUCAAGUUGUUCUCCUCACUACUUUUAUGCCCAGAAAGAUAUCGAUAUUUUAAGAACCUGGAUCGACUCAAGUCUUGACGCUUGA